CUCGGUCGCCGGCAGCACUCCCCUUCCUAAAACGGGUCCAAGCGGGAUAAGAAGUUAUUAGCGGGCGGAGGGGGCUCCGUGUGUCAUUCCGCGCAGCCCGGACCCCGGACACCGACCUCCCUGACCCGGAUCGGGGCGGAAUCAAGAGACAAGCCGGCGCAGACUGACCCACAGCCCGGGUACAGGAGGCAGAGUGAGCCGGCAGGGGCUCCGGGGUUACCGGAGACUGGAAGGACCCGGCAGAGGCGCGUGUGAUUCGGGGAAAUAGCUGGAGGAACCUCCGGCUCGAUCCGGAGUCAGCGAACCCAGCAGAUCAUUUGCCCCUCUGCAGUGGAUCCCCCCAGUGGAUCUCCGGCUGCUUUCUCCCUGGGCUCUGGGUUAAUGUCUGGGGGCUGAGGAUAGGAAGCACCGGCUGCCAGAGUCCUGGUAACUAAAACACUAUUACAAGCCCAUCCAGAAAUCCCACAGCUUCACCCCAUAUUGUUUCAUAAAGUUCCUUUGGCCCCCGACCUGACCCCCCCUACUAUCUAAAUAACCCCCACAUCCCAACACCAGUGUCUCCCCACCCUGCCUGGGGUUCCUAGCUCUUCAGAGGACUCCCCCACCCUAGGAGUAGCUUCGGGUCCUUGCAUUACCCCUGGUCCCUGUAGAUCCAGCCAUGCUGCCUUCACUGCUGUGGACUCUCCUCCUGUUGGACUCUUGCUGGGCACAGUAUGAACAGUACAGCUUCAGGGGCUUCCCUCGAUCAGAGCUGAAACCCCUGCAGCCCACCUAUGCCAAGGCGUUGGAGCUUUACGAAGGAGAGUCCUGGAGAGAAGCCACCCGGGCGCUGGAGUCCAGCUUGAGGCUGCACAGGUUGCUCCAGGACAGCGAGUCCUUCUGUGGUCAGAGCUGUGCAGAUAGUGCCGAGGAGGCCCCUAUCACUGGGCUGGAGGAGGAAGAGGUCUUUGGGGAAUCCAAGGACUGGAGUUUGGAGCUUCAGUUAUUUGGAAGGGUCCUGGCAAGGGCUGUGUGUCUGCGGAAGUGUAAAGCCACCCUGCCAGUCUUUCAGCAGCCUUACCCUGACCAGGAGACCCUAAAGGCAUUCCAGAGGAGAGACCCCUACCUGUACCUGCACUACACCUACUUCAAGACCAAUGAGUUGGAGAAGGCGGUGUCAGCAGCUCAUACAUAUCUUCAGAAGAAUCCCACCCAUGAGAUGACCGUGCGGUACAUGGAAUACUACAGGACCCUACUGGAUGUGGAUGAAUUUCUCAUAGACCUGGAGGCUCAGUCCUAUGAGAGCAUCUUUGUUAAGGCAGUGAAGUCCUACAAUGCUGGAGAUUUCCGACGCAGCACCGAGGAAAUGGAGCAGGCUCUGCCCCUCUACUACAAGGCCUACAAUAACUGUCUGACCGGCUGCGAGGGCACCUAUGAGAUGAGAGAGUUUAAAGACUUCUACCCAGCCGUUGCCGAUCAUCUGGCUGACGUCUUGCAAUGCAAGGUGGAGUGCGAGUCCAACCUGACUCCUAACGUUGGUGGCUACUUAGUCCAGAAGUUUGUGGCCACAAUGUAUCACUACCUGCAAUUCGCCUAUUAUAAGUUGAACGACGUAAAAAACGCAGUCCAGUGUGUAUCGAGUUACAUGUUAUUUGACCCGGCGGACACCGUGAUGCAGCAAAACCUGGCGUAUUACAAAUUUUACAAGGAGAAAUGGGAUUUGGAGGAUACCGACUUCAACCCCAGGAAGGAAGCAAUGACGUAUCACAACCAGACCACAAGAUACAAGGAGCUGUUGCAGUUUGCCCAAGAUUUCCUCAAUCGGAAUGAUGAUGAGAUGGAGAUCGGAGUGGAGGCAGAGACGGAUCAGACCCCUUCAGAUAGUGAAUUCGAAGGCGUAGGAGAUUAUGAAGAAGGAAUUUAUGCUGAAUGGUGGUCAGAGCCCAAGGCGAAAGGAGACAAAGGAGAAAAAGGAUACUGAUCCAUCUCUUACGUCAGAUCAGCUGGAUCUCAUUGUUCAGACAAUCUUCCAGACUAGAAAACAGACCUAGAACUUCAUGUGUUCAGAGAAAGGAUGAAAUUUAGAAAUUUUCUAUGGUCAUUCAUACAUUGAAUGGUUUGUGGGCCCAGGACUGAUUUUUUUUUUUCUUUUUUUUUUGCUUUAAUUUACCAAAUUUCUCCGUUUUAUUUGUUUUGGUUUCUCGAUCCCAACUUAAACGACGACUUUAUAGAUACCUUAUGCAAAACAAAACCAGGAAAACUUCAGAUCAUUCAUAAAUAACAUUAAGGCCAAUUCUUACUCUGAUUCAGAACUCACGGUUGACCUUUUUGACGACUUUUUGAGUCUCCGCACAAAGCGUUCCAUGAAUAAUUGCUGGCUAUUAAGGAAGUGUUUUCUGCUUCAGAGAUUGCCUGAUUCUUUUUUUCUUUGUCCCAAUGCGAUAUAUAAAUAUUAUUAAAAUUGUCUGGGUUUUGUACAUUA